AUGACCGCCCUCCCAGAAAGCUACACAACCCUCUCCCUCCCUCACCUCCUCCUCUCCCACCACCCGCCAUCCUCCCCAACUGUCACCCCCGUGAUCAUCCUCACCCUCAACCGCCCCGCCGCCCGCAACGCCUUCACAGACCAAAUGGCGCACUCCCUCGCCCGCGCCUACACCCUCCUCUCCGCCGACCCGCGCGUCAAAGCCAUCGUCCUCACCGGCGCCGACCCCUCCAACAAGACCUUCUGCGCCGGCAUGGACCUCACCUCCCCCGUCCGCCUGCCCUCCACCCGCGACGCCCACCGCGACACCGGCGGCCUCGUCGCCCUCGCCAUGCACAACUGCUCCAAGCCCAUCAUCGCCGCCCUCAACGGCUCCGCCGUCGGCGUCGGCAUCACCAUGGCCCUGCCCGCCUCCGUCCGCGUCGUCUCCCGCGACGCCAAGAUCGGCUUCGUCUUCGCCCGCCGCGGCUUCAACAUGGAGGCCUGCUCCUCCUUCUACCUCCCGCGCCUCAUCGGCGCCGGCCCCGCGCUGCACCUCGUCACCACGGGCGCCGUCUACCCCGCGACCGACCCGUUGCUGCGGAACCUGUUCAGCGAGAUCGUCGCGCCGGCGGAGGUGCUGCCGAGGGCGCUGGCGAUUGCGGAGGACGUGGCGGCGAACACGAGCACGGUCGCGGUGAGGGUGAUGCGGGACAUGAUACUGCGGACGCCGGCGUCGCCGGAGGAGGCGCAUUUGUUGGAGAGCAAGAUCUUCUUUGACUUGUUCGGCGGGAAGGAUAGUAAGGAGGGCAUGGAUAGCUUCAUGCAGAAGAGGCCGCCAAAGUUUGAGGCGACUAUGGAGAAGGAUGCGCCGAGCGCGUAUCCGUGGUGGAAAGAGACGGAUGUCAAGGCCAAGAUAUGA